AAACCCUAAGCCCUGGCGCGGUAGGGUUUCGUCCGCGCAUCCCAGCGGGGGCUCGCCCGCCCCGCCAUGGCGCCCAUCAACAGCUCCAACAUGGAGCUGCACUCGCAGAAGCUCCUCGAGCCCGACCUACCUGUGCAAGUCCGGCUACAGCUUGUGAUGGAAGUCCGGGACAGUCUGGAGAUGACACACACUCCGGACUACCUCAACUUCCUCCGUUGCUACUUCAGGGCCUUCUCGGCCAUCCUGAGCACCUUCACCGCGCCGCAGGGCACAGAAAACGCCGAGCACAAGCUGCGCAACGUGGUGAUCGAGAUCCUCAACAGGCUUCCGCACAGCGAGGUGCUCCGGCCCUUUGUGCAGGACCUGCUCAAGCUCUCUCUCCGUGUGCUCACGCAGGACAACGAGGACAAUGCCCUUCUGGCUAUCCGGAUUGUAUUCGACCUUCUACGCAACUUCCGCCCUACCGUCGAGGCGGAGGUGCAGCCGUUCCUUGACUUUGUUGUUGCGAUAUACCGCAACUUCAAGUUCACCGUCAAGCACUUCUUCGAUAACCCCAAUGCCACUGCCAAUGUUGUCGCUCCCGUGCCAAACCAGCAUUUGGACUCCAUUGGUGAUGCCCCAGGCAUGUUGGCGGUGCCAGGCGGUGGGCAGCUCAACCCAAGCGCGCAGUCAUUCAAGAUAGUUACUGAGAGCCCUCUUGUGGUCAUGUUCCUCUUUCAGUUGUACGCUAAGCUUGUGCAGACAAAUAUCCCCUUCUUGCUGCCACUCAUGGUGGAGGCAAUCGCUGAAAGCGGGCCAGACAAGGUGCCACCUCACCUGAAGACGCCCUUUGUUGAAUUGAAGGGUGCACAAGUCAAGACAUUGUCGUUUCUGACGUACCUGCUAAAAAGCAAUGCUGAUUAUAUAAAGCCAUAUGAGAACAGUAUAUGCAGCAGUAUUGUAAAGUUGCUUGUUACAUGUCCUGCAGACUCGGUUUCCAUAAGAAAGGAGCUCCUGGUUGGUCUAAAGCAAGUCCUCAACACCGAAUACAGGCGUGGGCUGUAUCCCUUGAUUGACACACUUCUCGAUGAAAGGGUUUUGGUUGGCACAGGGCGAGUUUGUAUCGAGACAUUAAGGCCGCUUGCUUACACUCUUCUCGCAGAGUUGGUGCAUUAUGUCCGAGGAGACCUUUCCCUUCCACUGUUGUCACGGAUCAUCUAUUUGUUCUCUCGGAAUAUGCAUGAUUCUUCGUUAACUCUCGUAAUUCAUACGACGUCUGCUCGUCUAAUGCUUAAUCUGGUUGAGCCCAUAUAUGAAAAAGGUGUUGACCAGCAAAGCAUGGAUGAAGCACGAGUACUGUUGGGGCGCAUAUUGGAUGCAUUUGUUGGAAAAUUUAGGACCCUGAAGCACACGAUUCCUCAGUUGCUUGAAGAAGUUGAGGAAGGGAAGGAGCGUCCAAAUUUGAGAAUGAAGCUUGAAGUCCCAUUACAGACUGUGUUGAAUUUGCAACCACCCUUGGAGUAUACGAAGGAGAUUAAUGAUUACAAAAGUCUGAUAAGGACACUCGUAAUGGGAAUGAAGACAAUAAUUUGGAGUAUAACCCAUGCUCAUUGGCCACGUCCACAGCAACAAAGUCAACAAUCUUCUAAUAUAGCAGCUCAACCCUUUAGGGGACUGCGGGAGGAUGAGGUGCGGAAGACUUCCGGUGUUCUUAAAUCAGGGGUUCACUGUUUAGCUCUUUUUAAGGAAAAAGACGAAGAGAGGGAUAUACUGCAAUGUUUCUCACAAAUGCUAUCUAUAAUGGAGGCUCGUGAUAUAAUGGAUAUGUUUUCCUUUUGCAUGCCAGACCUCUUUGAUUGCAUGAUAACCAACAACCAGCUUUUACACAUAUUUUCCACCCUUCUGCAAUCUCCGAAGGUUCUCCGACCCUUCACAGACGUAUUGAUUAAUUUCCUUGUCAGCUCGAAGCUUGAUGCUCUGAAGCAGCCAGAUUCACCUGCAGCAAAGCUUGUCCUGCAACUCUUCCGCUUCUUGUUCAUUGCUGCAGCAAAGGCUCCAGAAAGCUGUGAACGCACUCUUCAGCCACAUGUGCCAGUAAUAAUGGAAGUGUGCAUGAAGAGUGCUGCCGAAGUUGAGAAACCUCUUGGUUACAUGCACCUUCUCCGUAGCAUGUUCCGUGCAUUGAACAGUGCUAAAUUUGAUUUGUUAAUGCGUGACCUUAUUCCAUCUCUUCAACCUUGCCUCAAUAUGUUGCUAUCGAUGCUUGAUGGGCCAACUAGUGAAGAUAUGCGGGGCUUGAUUCUGGAGCUUUGCCUGAUAUUACCUGCCCGUUUGAGUUCGUUGCUACCCCACAUUCCUCGUUUGAUGAAACCUCUUGUUCUUGCUCUGAAAGGAAGCGAUGAUCUUGUGAGCUUAGCACUUUCUACACUUGAAUUUUGGAUUGAUAGCCUUAACCCUGAUUUUCUUGAACCUAGCAUGGCCAGUUUAAUGUCUGAGGUCACACUUGCUUUAUGGUCUCACUUAAGGCCUCUUCCCUACAAAUGGGGUACAAAGUCCUUGGAACUUUUAGGUAAGCUAGGGGGGCGAAACAGGCGAUUUCUGAAGGAGCCCCUGGCACUUGAAUGCAAGGAAAAUCCGGAACAUGGACUUCGUUUAGUUCUGACUUUUGAGCCUGCGACACCAUUUUUAGUUCCUCUGGACAGAUGCAUACACUUCGCUGUUGGUGCUGUUAUGCAAGGCAGUGGCAUGGAAGCUUUCUACAGAAAGCAGGCUCUUCAGUUUAUUCGUGUAUGCUUGAAUUCUUUGUUAAAUCUGAGGGAAAAUGUACCUGGUGAGGGUGUGGGCCCUGGAGUUCUUGGGCACCUGCUUAUAUCUUCAUUAGAUCCCUCGAGGCGUCGGAACGAUGCUUCAGAUAUGAAGGGAGAUUUAGGUGUGAAGACAAAGACCCAAUUAUUGGCAGAGAAAUCUGUUUUCAAGGUUUUACUUGUAGCUAUCAUCGCUGCUAAAGCUGACGCCAGUCUUCAAGAUGAGAAGGAUGACUUUGUUGUUGAUAUAUGCCGGCAUUUUGCUAUACUUUUCCAUGUUGAUUCGUCAUCCUCCAACCAAUCUGGAUUUGUGCAGCCUAUUGGUUCGUCCCUCUCAUCUGGCAUGACCAUGGGAUCUAGACCAAGAAACAACACCUCAUCUAAUCUGCGUGAGUUGGACCCUUUGAUAUUCUUGGAUGCAUUAGUUGAAGUGUUAUCAAGUGACAACCGUCAACAUGCAAAAGCUGCUCUAUCUGCUUUGAAUACUUUUGCUGAGACACUUAUCUUCCUUGCACGAAUGAAACACACGGGUGUGCUGAGAGGAGGUCCAAGCACUCCUAUGCUAGUUUCUAGUCCAUCUUUGAAUCCAGUAUAUUCUCCUCCCCCGAGUGUGCGGGUUGCCGUAUUUGAGGAACUAUUGCCCCGCUUAUUGCACUGUUGUUAUGGUAGCACAUGGCAAGCUCAGAUGGGUGGCGUGAUAGGCCUGGGAGCAUUGGUUGGUAAAGUGUCUGUGGAUACCUUAUGCAUCUUUCAGGUCAGAGUUGUACGUGGUCUUAUAUACGUUCUUAAGAGGCUUCCAGUGCAUGCAAACAAAGAGCAGGAGGAGACAAACCAUGUUCUAACGCAAGUUUUACGGGUAGUAAACAACGCAGAUGAGGCAAACAGUGAACCCCGCCGACAAAGUUUCCAGGGUGUUGUCGAAUUUCUUGCUCUUGAGCUGUUUAACCCCAACGCGUCAAUUGUUGUGAGAAAGAAUGUGCAGGCAUGCUUAUCACUGCUUGCAAGUAGGACUGGCAGUGAAGUCUCUGAAUUGCUCGAGCCUCUGUAUCUACCAUUGCUUCAGCCUCUGAUUUCACGGCCUUUGCGUUCGAAGAAUGUUGAGCAACAGGUGGGUACUGUUACAGCUUUGAAUUUCUGUCUAGCACUGAGACCACCUCUUCUAAAGUUGUCACCCGAGCUUGUCAAUUUUUUGCAAGAAGCACUGCAAAUUGCGGAGGCUGAUGAAACAGUAUGGGUUACCAAGCUGAUGAAUGCAAAAAUAGUCAUGACAUGGAACAAACUAAGAACUGCAUGCAUUGAACUGCUCUGUACCGCGAUGGCUUGGGGAGAUCUGAAAGCUCCAAAUCACAGCGACUUGCGGGCAAAGAUAAUCUCAAUGUUCUUCAAGUCUCUAACAUGUAGGACAACUGAGAUUGUCAGUGUAGCCAAGGAGGGACUUCGUCAGGUUGUGCAACAGCAGAGGAUGCCAAAAGACCUUUUACAGAGCAGCUUAAGGCCCAUCUUAGUGAACUUAGCACAGACAAGGAGUCUCACCAUGCCGUUACUGCAAGGAUUGGCCCGUCUUCUUGAAUUGCUGUCAAACUGGUUUAAUGUGACAUUGGGUGCGAAGUUAUUGGAUCACUUGAAAAAAUGGCUAGAGCCAGAAAAACUUGCUCAGAGUCAAAAAUCUUGGAAAGCUGGAGAUGAGCCAAAAAUAGCUGCAGCUAUGAUCGAGCUUUUUCACCUUCUACCCCCUGCGGCGAGCAAGUUCUUGGAUGAACUUGUCACCUUGGUAAUUGAUUUGGAGAAGGCACUUCCUGAGGAUCAAUUCUAUAGUGAGAUCAAUAGCCCUUAUCGUGCUCCACUCUCCAAGUUUUUGAACCGCUACGCUGUGGAGGCUGUUGACUAUUUUCUUGCUCGAUUGAGCCAUCCCAAGUAUUUCAGAAGAUUUAUGUACAUAAUCUGCUCUGAUACUGGUGAAUUACGGGAUGAACUUGCAAAGUCACCUCAAAAGAUACUUUCUAGUGCCUUUUCACAGUUUUACUCUCAGAGUGAAGCAGCUUCUGCUCAACUACCUUCCUUGGGACCUGCUAAUGAACUAUUGUCCUCGGUAAAGGAUGAAGGAACUGGAGCUACAAUUGAUAGUUUUACAGGCCAAUCUUCAUCAAACAUGGUUACUGGUUCAGAUAGUUAUUUUAAUGGAUUAGAGCUUAUCUCAACCCUCGUGAAAUUGAUGCCUGAGUGGCUUCGUGAUAACCGGGUUGUCUUUGACACGUUGUUGCUUGCUUGGAAAUCACCUGCCAGAAUUGCUCGCCUGCAGAAUGAACAAGAAUUGAGUUUACCCCAGGUGAUGGAAAGCAAACGGCUCAUAAAAUGCUUCCUGAAUUACCUAAGGCACGACCGUACUGAAGUUGGUGCACUCUUUGAUAUGCUAUCAAUAUUCUUGUACCGUAGCCGAAUAGAUUAUAGCUUUCUGAAGGAAUUUUAUGUCAUAGAGGUUGCCGAAGGAUAUGCUCCAGAUUUGAAGAAAACUAUUCUGAGCCACUUUCUGAACAUAUUCCAACUAAAAGAGUAUGGGCAAGAUCAUUUGGUUGUUGCUAUGCAGAUACUUAUCCUUCCAAUGCUAGCUCAUUCUUUCCAAAACGGUCAAAGUUGGGAAGUUGUUGAUCCUUCUAUAGUUAAAAUUAUUGUUGACAAGCUCCUUGAUCCUCCGGAAGAGGUCAGUGCUGAAUAUGAUGAGCCUUUAAGGAUAGAACUCCUCCAGCUUGCCACAUUACUUCUGAAGUAUCUUCAGAAUGACCUUGUUCACCAUCGAAAGGAACUCAUAAAGUUCGGCUGGAACCAUCUUAAACGCGAAGAUAAUUCCAGCAAACAGUGGGCAUUUGUAAAUGUUUGCCAUUUCUUAGAGGCGUAUCAAGCCCCUGAAAAGAUAAUUUUACAGGUUUUUAUUGCUCUAUUACGGACAUGCCAACCAGAAAAUAAGUUGCUAGUGAAGCAAGCUCUUGAUAUUCUCAUGCCUGCUCUUCCUAGACGACUCCCUCCUGGGGACACUCGCAUGCCAAUAUGGAUCAGAUAUACAAAGAAAAUCCUCGUGGAGGAAGGCCAUUCUAUUCCCAACAUGAUUCACAUAUUCCAGCUUAUUGUUCGCCAUGCAGAACUUUUCUAUAGUUGCAGAGCCCAUUUUGUUCCCCAGAUGGUCAACUCUCUUAGUCGUCUUGGGUUACCAUAUAACACAACUGCAGAAAACCGGCGUCUUGCAAUUGAACUUGCUGGACUGGUAGUGGCGUGGGAAAGACAGAGACAGAGUGAGAUGAAAGUAGUUCAGGAAAGUGAGAGCCAGAACCAGAUUGUUGAUAUGCUUAGCCCUACUGUUAUUGGCGGUGAUCCGAAACGCUCUUCAGAUGUUCCCAUGUUUGCUGAUGAUCUGAGUAAGAGGGUGAAGGUUGAACAAGGCUUACAACCUCUCGGUGUGAUGUCACCUGGUGGGGCAUCCAUACCUAAUAUUGAAACGCCAGGAUCUUCUGGGCAACCAGACGAGGAGUAUAAACCUAAUGCUGCAAUGGAGGAGAUGAUAAUUACUUUCCUUAUAAGGGUGUCACUGGUGAUUGAACCCAAGGAAAAGGAAUCUACUUCGAUGUACAAGCAAGCUCUUGAUCUACUGACGCAAGCUUUGGAAGUUUGGCCAAAUGCCAAUGUUAAAUUCAAUUAUCUCGAGAAACUGCUUGGGAAUCUUACACCCUCCCAGUCCAAGGACCCUGCAACAGCCCUUGCACAGGGUCUUGAUGUUAUGAACAAAGUUUUGGAAAAACAACCCCGUCUCUUCAUCCGAAAUAACAUCAAUCAUAUUUCUCAAAUACUGGAACCUUGCUUCAAUAACAAGAUGCUGGAUGCUGGAAAGUCUCUUUGUUCCUUGUUAAAGAUGGUAUUCAGUGCUUUUCCACUUGAAGCAGCUACAACACCGCAAGAAAUAAAAACGCUGUAUCGAAGUGUUCAGGAUCUCAUUCAGAAGCAUCUUGCUGCUGUGACAACUCCACAGAUAUCACUUGAACCUAGCAAUGCCAACUCCAUCAUAAGCUUUGCACUGUUUGUCCUCAAUGCACUUGCAGAAGUGCAAAAGAAUUUCAUUGAUCCUUUUAUUGGCUUGCUUCUUCGUGUCUUGCAACGGCUUGCACGUGAUAUGGGAUCUACUGCUGGCAGUGUCCGACAAGGACAGAGGCCAGAAAUGGAUUCAGCUGUUAGCUCUCGUCCUACUGUGGAUUCUACUGUCAUAUCUAACAUGAAGACUGUCCUAAGUCUCAUAAGUGAGAGGGUGAUGGGCUCUUCUGAGUACAGACGAAAUAUGGGAGUAAUACUUCAAACACUUCUUUCAGAGAGAGGCACCGAUUCCAGCGUUCUUCUAUGCAUACUAGACAUGAUAAAAACUUGGAUUGAAGAUGAUUACAGCCUUUCAUCAUCUGCUGGCUCUGUUAAUUCGCUCAACCCAAAGGAAAUAGUAACUUAUCUUCAGAAGUUAUCAUUGGUUGACAGGAAAAGUUUCCCCUCAUCUGCACAAGAAGAAUGGGAUGCAAAAUAUCUGGAACUUCUGUAUUCACUUUGUGGUGAUUCAACCAAAUAUCCAUUGGCUUCCAGGCAAGAGUAUUUUCAUAAGGUUGAGAGACAGCACAUGCUUGGAUUUAGGGCUAAAGAUCCAGAAAUGAGGAAGCGGUUCUUUAGGCUUUACCAUGACUAUGUGGGAAAGACGUUAUUUGCUAGACUGCAGUUUAUAAUACAGACCCAGGACUGGGAAGCAGUGAGCGAUGUUUUCUGGUUGAAGCAAGGCUUGGAUCUCAUCUUAGCUAUAUUAGUUGAAAAUGAGCCAAUUACACUUGCCUCAAAUUCUGCUCGACUUCCCCCGCUUACGGUAGCGGGCCCAGUUCCAGAUCGCAUUAUCAUGCCACAGCAGGGUCCCGAUGCGCAUGAAAGCUUGGAUGGCACUUCCCUGUCAUUCGAUUCUCUGACGACGAGGCAUUCUCAGUUCUUAAAUGAAGCAAGCAAGCUCGUGGUGGCAGAUGUCAUGGCUCCGUUGAAGGAACUUGCUUUUGCUGAUCCCAAUGUUGCAUAUCAUUUGUGGGUUCUUGUCUUCCCAAUUGUUUGGGUUACCUUACACAAAGAAGAACAAGUUGCGCUAGCCAAGCCAAUAAUUGCACUCUUAUCAAAGGACUACCAUAAGAGGCAGCAGGGAUGCAGGCCUAAUGUAGCCCAAGCACUUCUUGAAGGUCUUCAUUUGAGCCAUCCUCAACCACGGAUGCCUAGCGAGCUUAUCAAAUAUAUUGGAAAAACUUGCAAUGCCUGGCAUACUUCAAUUGCAUUACUUGAGAGUCAUAUGCUGCUUAUGAAUGAGGCUAAAUGCUCCGAGUCAUUGGCUGAGUUAUAUAGGCUUCUGAACGAAGAUGACAUGAGGUAUGGAUUAUGGAAGAGAAGAUCAAUCACUGCAGAAACUAGAGCUGGGCUGUCACUUGUUCAACAUGGAUAUUGGCAGCAGGCGCAAACCCUCUUUUACCAGGCAAUGAUCAAAGCAACUCAGGGCACUUACAAUAAUACUGUCCCAAAGGCUGAAAUGUGUCUUUGGGAAGAACAGUGGCUGUCGUGUGCAACUCAAUUAGGUCAGUGGGAAGUAUUGGCUGAUUUUGGAAAAGGUGUGGAGAAUUAUGAUAUUCUUUUAGACUGCCUCUGGAAGGUACCUGACUGGGCAUAUAUGAAGGAGAAUGUAAUUCCGAAAGCUCAAGUAGAAGAGACACCAAAGUUACGCCUGAUUCAAGCAUUUUUCACUCUUCAUGACAAAGGUACAAAUGGUGUUGGAGAGGCUGAGAACCUCGUCAGCAAAGGUGUUGAACUUGCACUUGAACAUUGGUGGCAGUUACCUGAAAUGUCUGUCCAGUCUCGAAUACCUCCGCUGCAGCAGUUUCAGCAGUUGGUUGAAGUGAAAGAAUCCUCUAAAAUACUUCUUGACAUUGCAAAUGGGAACAAACCAGCUUCUGGGAGCUCUGGUGCCAAUUCAAAUAACCAGAAUACAUUUGCUGAUCUCAAGGAUAUCCUUGAAACAUGGAGACUUCGGACUCCUAACGAUUGGGACAGUACAACUAUUUGGUAUGACCUCCUCCAGUGGAGGAAUGAAAUGUACAAUUCGGUAAUAGAUGCGUUCAAGGAUUUUGGCCAAACAAACCCUCAACUUCAUCAUCUUGGUUACCGAGACAAGGCAUGGAAUGUUAACAAGCUUGCUCAUAUCACUCGCAAGCAUGGUCUUCCUGAUGUUUGUGUUACUAUACUUGAUAAGAUGUAUGGGCAUGCUACCAUGGAAGUCCAGGAAGCAUUUGUGAAGAUAUGCGAACAAGCUAAGGCAUACUUAAAUAUGAAAGGCGAACUAGUCAGUGGUCUUAACUUGAUCAAUAAUACAAAUUUGGAAUUUUUCCCUGUGAAAAAUAAAGCAGAAAUAUUUCGUCUGAAAGGUGACUUUAUGUUAAAAAUGAACGACUGCGAGAAUGCGAACGUUGCCUAUUCAAAUGCGAUCACCCUUUUUAAGCAUUUGUCAAAAGGGUGGAUUAGCUGGGGAAAUUAUUGUGACAUGGUCUUCAAAGAAACAAAUGAAGAGGUUUGGCUUGAGUAUGCUGCAAGCUGUUUUUUCCAAGGCAUCAAAUAUGGAGUUCCGAACUCAAGGAGUCAUCUAGCUCGAAUUCUUUAUCUCCUCAGCUUUGAUACACAGAAUGAACCAGUGGGAAGAGCUUUAGAUAAAUAUCUUGAGCAGCUGCCCCAUUGGGUUUGGCUUUCAUGGAUCCCUCAGUUAUUGCUAUCAUUACAGAGAAGUGAAGCUCAACACUGCAAAUUGGUUUUGCUGAAGAUAGCUCAAGUUUAUCCACAGGCCUUGUAUUAUUGGCUUCGUACAUACUUGAUGGAGCGGCGUGAUGUUGCUACUAAAACUGAAAUGGGAAGAAAUAUGUUAGCUCAGCAGCGAAUGCAGCAAGCUAUGUUGGCAAACAAUGCUGCCAAUAAUGUCGGUGGUAAUUUGGCUUCUGACAACCAGGUUCAUCAGGCUGCCCAAUCAGGUGGUGCUACCGGUCCUCAUGAGGGGGGCAACCUCCAAGGACAAGAGUUGGACAGAUCUGCUAUUGAAGGUGGUACAAGUACUGGCCAUGAUCAAGGUCAACAGAGCUCAACUGGGGCAGAGGGAUCACAAAUUGCAUUAAGACGUAACAAUGGACUUGGAUGGGUAACUUCUGCAGCAAGUGCAUUUGAUGCUGCAAAGGACAUAAUGGAAGCUCUUAGGAGCAAGCAUACCAAUCUAGCCAACGAACUUGAGCUUUUACUGUCUGAAAUUGGAUCAAGAUUUGUUACUCUCCCUGAGGAAAGACUUCUUGCUGUGGUUAAUGCACUGCUUCAUCGCUGCUACAAGUACCCAACUGCAACAACAGGCGAGGUUCCACAGUCUCUCAAGAAGGAGCUUUCGGGUGUAUGUAGAGCUUGCUUUUCACAAGAUGCUGUUAACAAGCACGUUGAUUUUGUCAAGGAGUACAAGCAAGAUUUUGAGCGUGACCUGGACCCAGAUAGUGCUACUACGUUUCCGGCAACCCUUGCUGAACUUACUGAGAGAUUGAAGCACUGGAAGAAUGUUCUGCAGAGUAAUGUUGAGGACAGGUUCCCUGCUAUAUUAAAGCUAGAGGAAGAAAGUAAAAUACUUAGGGAUUUUCAUGUUGUUGACGUAGAACUCCCAGGGCAGUACUUCACAGAUCAGGAGGUUGCGCCUGACCACACUGUCAAAUUGGACAGAGUUGGACCAGACAUACCAAUUGUCCGGAGGCAUGGUAGUAGCUUCCGACGCCUGACACUUAUCGGUUCUGAUGGUUCACAGCGCCAUUUUAUUGUUCAGACAUCAUUGACUCCGAAUGCUCGUAGUGAUGAAAGAAUGCUGCAGCUAUUCCGUGUACUAAAUAAAAUGUUUGACAAACACAAGGAAUCUAGACGUCGCCAUCUAGCUAUCCAUACCCCAAUAAUUAUUCCUGUUUGGUCUCAGGUUCGGAUGGUAGAGGAUGAUUUAAUGUACAGCACUUUCCUUGAGGUUUAUGAAAUUAACUGUGCACGACAUAACAGAGAAGCUGAUUCACCUAUAACAAUUUUCAAAGAGCAGCUAAACCAAGCCAUCUCAGGGCAGGUCUCUCCUGAACAAGUGGUGGAACUACGUUUGCAAGCAUACAGUGAAAUUACUAAAAAUAUCGUCAAUGAUAAUAUCUUCUCCCAGUACAUGCACAAGAUACUGCCAACUGGCAAUCACCUCUGGACUUUCAAGAAACAGUUUGCAAUCCAAGUGGCUCUGUCCUGCUUCAUGUCAUACAUGUUGCAGAUUGGUGGCAGGGCUCCUAACAAAAUUCUGUUUGCUAAAAAUACUGGAAAAAUCUUUCAGACUGACUUUCAUCCAGCUUAUGAUCCAAAUGGAUUGAUUGAGUUCAACGAGCUAGUACCGUUUAGGCUGACACGCAACAUGCAAGCUUUCUUCUCAAAUUUUGGCGUCGAAGGCCUCAUCGUUUCUGCCAUGUGCUCUGCUGCCCAGUCUGUCGUUUCACCUAAACAAAGCCAACACAUAUGGCAUCAUUUGGCUAUGUUCUUCCGUGACGAACUUUUAUCUUGGUCAUGGCGAAGGCCACUUGGCAUUCCCUCUGUUCCAGUUGGUGCUGGUAUGAUCAACCCAUUGGAUUUCCAGCAAAAGGUGGUAAACAAUGUCGAACACGUCAUCAACCGUAUCAAAUCAAUAUCACCACAUUAUCUUGCUGAUGAGGAGGAGAACACAACAGAACCGCCUCAGUCUGUCCAAAGAGGCGUUACAGAUCUAGUGGAAGCUGCAUUAUCUUCGAGGAACUUGUGCAUGAUGGAUCCGACGUGGCACCCGUGGUUCUGAGAGAUGCUCACAUUUUGUAGCCUGACAAGCAACUGGAGUGUCUUAGGUUCUCAUGUGAAUAUAACCUUAUUUAGCAACACCUAGCGAGCUUGUAUCGUGUAGAUAAGAAGAAUUGCGUUUCUUAGCUCUGUUUACUGGUAUGACGUAGUAUGAUUGUAUUGACUUAGAUGGAGAGCAUGAAUGCAGUAGCUUAGCAGUACCAUGGUAACAUUUUAAAGUCGAGACAUGAGAUCCUGAAAAAAGGAGGUUCAAGAA